AUGGACCUGGAAAACAUUAACCGCCAAUCUGGCGUAAUACAUCGAAGAUGCAUAUGUCUAUCCAGCGGUCACAUGCCCGGACUACAACCGCAGUUGCAGGUUAAUCUGCCAUCGUCCUUUAAGACGUUAAAUUCGGUGAACCAAAAGGCUGCGGGUUUUUCAAGCCAAACCUCAGAGGUCUCCUCCACAUUAGAGCAGGAGGUUGAGACAAAAUUGAGAGAUCUGAUUCGGCGGGAGCGGGUGCUGUUGUUACUGAAAGGGACACCCGAGGACCCUCGUUGUGGAUUUAGCGCCGCAGUCGUCAACAUUCUCGACAAGUACACCACGGUGGACUAUGCGUACGUGGAUGUGCUCUCGCAUGAGUACCUGCGGCCCUGCGCCAAAAAAAUAGCAGAUUGGCCAACGUUUCCACAGCUUUUCGUCGAUGGACGUUUGGUAGGUGGGUGCGACGUCAUCCAAUCACUGCACGAGUCCGGCUCGCUAGCGGAGAUUCUGAUCCGCGGCGAGCGCGAGGUGUAG